AUGCAUCACCAGCACGCUGCUGAAAGAAUACAGGUGGCAGCUACAGUGAUCACGGCAGAGCAAGGAGAAGGAACGGCUUUCCUGCCAGGGAAGCCUAGCUGUAGCAGGUUCAGGGACAUUUCACUACCGCUCCCUUCUGAAACUGCACAGUUUGACUUAAUUAAAGAAGAGAAGCCUAUAGAAGAUGCCACCAAAGUGAUAAAUGGCCCUGAAAUCGGAAUUCAAACAAGUGAAAUAGAAAUACAGAGGAUUCAUCUGUGUGUUACUCUACAAGAAAGACUUCUCUACUAUUACAAAGCUUCGGUAUCUAUACCAGAACCUGAUGUUAAAUUAGCUAAACAACUUGCACUGAGUAUCUGUGGGGAACUGAGGAAUUUUCUUUUCAAUAAGCAUCCCGAAUUGCCUCUUGGAGAACUGUACCUUGGUGGGUCUCUGUGUGAUGAUCUUCAGGUUAUCUCACCCAGUCAUGUUAACCUGUUUGCGCCAUUGUUGCUUGAAGAAAAUCUCUGGCGAUUCAUUCCUGGAGAAAUGACAAUUCUAAAUACCCCACAGUUUUGGAUGAUUAAACGUACUAAUCUAGAAUAUUUUCCUAAUGGUAGCAGCAGGUGGGAUAAGUGGAAAGUUGGUGGUUACUUGUCCUCAAAAUUAGUCAUUGAGACUUUCCAUAAAAUAGUAACUGGGACAAUUAAUUGGCCUGCAGUAGGCAUUAUGUUGGGUUGCGUGGUUAGACCUGUGGUGGCUGCAGGAGAGGUAACACUAGAGGUGAGACAUGACUAUUGUUAUCUCUUUCUUAAUAUUUUGCCACUAGCAAAGAUGGAAGAUAGAUUACUUCUUGCAACACCGCAUUCUACAGGGUAUAUGGAAAACAUGUGGUAUUGCAGUUUUUAUACUGCAGAAAUCUCUAGACUUAAGGAGUUGGACAGUGCAGAUGCUGGGUCCAGAGCAUGCUGCCUCAAAAUAUUUAAAAGCAUUUUUAAGCAAAACACUUCCCUGAACAAGUUAAGUGGAAGCCAUUUGGUCACUGAUAAAAGGUUUUCUCUUCCUGUGGAGUUCGUUUUUUUUUUUUCUGCAAGUGGAUUAUCGUUCUAUCUGAGUUUGUUGUGCCUUAUUGUGAGGUUGGCUACUCCUUGGCGGUUUCUCCUGGCUUGCUUGCUGUUUUUUGGUUGUGGACAUUUCACAGUGGCAACAAAUGCACAGUUGUAUCAUAUACCUACAACACACAAAAAAUUCCUCUGA